GAUACUUGGUUACAAUCACGUCUCCCUUACUCCGAAAACGCGAAUCUUGACAACCAACGACUUUAUCAGACAAUUUAUAAUGAGUUCUUAGAUUCUGACUUGAAUAAAUCCAUGGAACCACAUCUUCCUCCAUUAAUUGAAGAUAAGCACAAAAUUAUCAUCGGUGAACGUCAGCCAAUUAUACUUCAAAUAGCCGAUAUAUUUGAAGUUGGAGUUUCUGCACAAUCACUUCUUGAUGUAGUAAAUAGCUACUUGUCAGGUUCUGUGAAACAGGGUCAUAAAUAUAACGAUUUAAGUGAUAGACAAUAUGAAUCGAUUCAAUUCCCACGGGGUAUGCUUAAGUUCCAAUUAACUGAUGGUUAUCAAUCAGUUGACGCUAUUGAAUACAGACCCCUUUCAAAUCUGAAUUUACUUACUCCAAUUGGAAUAAAGAUAUCAGUUAGUAAAGCUUUGAUUUUACGAGGUGUUUUACUUCUUGGACCUGAAAAUGUAACUGUUCUCGGAGGAUUUUCUAAUGAGCAUAGGUCGAUAAAUGCAAUUCGAAUCCGUUUGCUGAAGCAACUAGGUUUACCUAUCACAGAUUGUUCUCAAGAAAUUCAACCAGAUGCGACACCUGACACACUUAGUUUACCUAUCACACUUAGUUUACCUAUCGCAGAUAGUUUACCUAUCACAGAUAGUUUACCUAUCACAGAUUGUUCUCAAGAAAUUCAACCGGAUGCGACACCUGACACACGCUUUACACUGCACUCACCCACUAGUUCACCGCCAAUUCAACCAGAUGCGACACCUGACAUACGCUUUACACCGCACUCACCCACUAGUUCACCGCCAAUUCUAUCUUCUUGCGACAUUUCGCCUAACAAAAUAACAUCAUAUGUGUCAAUAUUGUCGUCACAAGACACGGAUGAGCUGCCUUCUGAAGACGAAGCUAUUGCAAGCUUUAACAAUAAAAAAUAA